AUGGCGGCUACAUUCCUCGGAUUAGCCAAACCACCCUCUUUUUCACUUCCAACCAUAACCACUGCCCUUUCCUUCUGCAGCAACAGGCCCAAGUUCGUGGCUCAAACGCGCAGGUUAUUUACCCGCACAGCAAAUUCACGAACCGUGUGUUUAUCUAGCCAGCCGAGGAAGUGCUUUUCCCGCAGGUUUGCAGUUCCCGGCGCCUCCACGUCCGUCCCUGAAACCGAAGAUUGUGAUGUCGAGACUAAAAUCCCACCUGAUAAUAGAAUCCCGGCUACUAUUAUAACUGGUUUCUUGGGUUCUGGGAAGACAACCUUGUUGAACCACAUCUUGACAGCUGAUCAUGGGAAACGCAUUGCAGUCAUUGAAAAUGAGUUUGGUGAAGUUGACAUUGAUGGCUCCUUAGUUGCCGCAAAAUCUGCCGGAGCUGAGGACAUUGUAAUGCUCAACAAUGGGUGUCUGUGUUGUACCGUGAGGGGUGAUCUUGUCCGGAUGAUUUCGGAACUUGUCAAUCGGAAGAAAGGGAAAUUCGAUCACAUUGUUAUCGAGACAACUGGACUGGCUAAUCCUGCCCCAAUAAUUCAGACAUUUUAUUCCGAAGAUCAGGUUUUUAAUGAUGUUAAACUUGAUGGCGUGGUCACACUUGUCGAUGCUAAACAUGUGGGUUUUCACCUUGAUGAAGUUAAGCCCAAAGGUGUGGUCAAUGAGGCAGUCGAGCAAAUUGCUUAUGCUGACCGCAUUAUUGUAAACAAGACUGAUCUUGUUCGUGAACCUGAGGUUGCUUCAGUAAUUGAAAGGAUAAAGAGCAUAAAUCGUAUGGCUCAACUAAAACGGACACAAUUUGGAAGCGUUGAGUUGGAUUAUGUUCUCGGUAUUGGAGGCUUUGAUUUGGAAAGAAUUGAUAGUGCUGUUGAAGUUGACCGCCCGGAGGAAGAUCACGAGCAUGGUGCUCACAGCCACGAUCACCAUCAUCAUGAUCACCACCAUCACGAUCACGGACAUGAUCAUAAGCACGAACAUCAUGAUCACCACUCACACGAUCAUACUCACGACCCUGGUGUUUCUUCAGUCAGCAUAGUUUGCGAAGGGACUUUGGAUCUUGAAAAGGCAAACAUAUGGCUAGGUACCCUGUUGUUAGAAAGAAGUGACGACAUAUACCGAAUGAAAGGCCUUCUAUCCGUCCAUGGCAUGGACGAGCGUUUUGUUUUUCAGGGAGUGCACGAGAUAUUCCAAGGGUCACCGGACAGGAUGUGGGGCCCACAAGAGCCGAGAGUAAAUAAGCUCGUUUUCAUUGGAAAGAACCUCGAUGCUGAGGAGUUAAACAAGGGGUUCAAGGCGUGUCUGUUGUAG